AUGUACCACCUGGCAGUCGUACUGUCACGCUUUGAAGCUGAGACCCUCCGCGUUCCGCCGCUCCUACGUUUCUUCACUGCAGGAGCAGAACCGUACGAACUCCACCUGCAGGCUUUCAUGUUUAUUGUUGCCCCGCUACACGCCUUCUUCACAAUGCCCCUGCUCGACAAGCUGUCGGGCAAGCGCGAACCCAAGUCAUGGUGUGGCCACCUUCGUCAAUGUCUGGAAUGGUACUUCCUCUAUUUCACGGCAUUCUGGACGGUCAUAUUCAUAAUUUCGUGA